AUUCACGAUGUCCGCCAUUUUUGAAAGUGCGAAAUGAAUGUUGGGUAAUAUUUCUGUCACGUGGUACUCCAGGGGGCAAAGAUUCAAAAUGGCGGCCAAAUCAGAAUGUAGUGAUAAGAGUCUAAACGACUUUAUGAAGUGGAAAGUAGAUGAUUUAAAAGCGUUUUUGAAAGAGCGAGGAGUAGUUAUAAAUGGAAGAAAAGCUGAACUUGCUGAAAAAGUAUAUUUUGCGUCGAAAUUAAAGUUAGAAGCUCUAAAGAAAAAGGAAGAAGUGGAAAUCGAUAACAAAGUUCGACGGUGUGAAAAACUGACUAUCGACUGUGGUAUAAAACUCCCAUUUCCUGCUAAUUUGACUAUUGGAUGGGAAAGAGGAAGUCAAAACUUCCCAGAUGUACUAGAGAAAGACGUCGAGAACUACAUGCAGAAGUCUUUUAAAGCAAUGAAACAGGGACAGAGUUUGCUAACUUCCAACCACAUUCAUGAUGUGAUGUUUCACCAUAUAAGUACGAAUGUAAAAUAUUGUUUUGUACGUGGAUGUUGUGUUCCAGAGGAAAAAACCAGUAACGAGUCUUACUCCCUUUGGGUUUGUGUACACAAGGAAAGUGGAGAGGUGCUUACUGCUGAAUGUACCUGUUUUGCAGGGUAGGUUUAUUGUUACUACAGCUUAUGAACUUACAUUUUCUAUGUUGGUCGUCUUAUAAUAUUUUAUUG